UCAAAAAAAAACACGAAUAAUCUUCAAAAUAUUUUUUCCCACUAUUUAUUUUUAGUUGCCCACUUUUACAUCGAAAUGCAAAUGAUACAGAAAAACGUUAUCAUUUACGUUAUUAUAAAACAGGUUUAUGUACACAUGAAUCGGAUGCUAAAGGACAUUGUCUUAAAAAUGGUCCACAUUGUUCAUAUGCUCAUGGCGCAAAUGAUUUACGACAACCAAUACUUGAUAGUAGAGAAAUAAAAAAUACGGAUUUAGCUUUAGAAAGACUUGCACGAUUAUGUAUUAGUUUGGAAAAUGAACGAGCUUUAAAUGAUGAUCCAAAAUGGAGUGACUCACAUUAUGUACUCGCAAAUUAUAAAACUGAACUAUGUAAACGUCCUCCACGUCUCUGUCGACAAGGUUAUGCUUGUCCACAAUACCACAAUCCCCGUGAUCGUCGUCGUAAUCCAUCAAUUGUUAAAUAUAAGUCAACACCAUGUCCACAUGUAAAACAGAGUGACGAAUGGAUUGAUCCAACUGUAUGUGAAGCUGGUGAUAAUUGUAAAUAUUGCCAUACGCGUACUGAACAACAAUUUCAUCCUGAGAUUUAUAAAUCAACAAAAUGUAACGAUGUAUCAGUAACAAUUUAUUGUCCACGUGGACCAUUCUGUGCUUUUGCUCAUAUUGAACAGGAAUUAAAAUCUUAUCGAGAUUUUGAUCUUCAUUAUACAAGUGAACUACCUUUAUCAUCAUUUAUUCCUAUACCAGAAGAUAAAGAAGUUGGUAUUAUUGAUACAUUACUAACAACAAGAAACAUUCCAAAAAAAUCAUCUCUAUUUGAAGUUGGCUCAUUUCCAGGUGCUGCUAUGAAAACAUUUGAUAAUAGACAUUCAUUAUUAACAAAUAAUUCUGCAAGUGGAACAUUUUCAAUUCAAGAUAUGCUUUCACAAAAAUCUUCAUCACAACAACGUUUAUAUCAGUAUCCAUCUUCACCCCAAACACAUCAAGUACCAACACCACCACAGCCACCGCCAUCAUUAGCAUCAUCAUCAUUUCUAAAUGAACAAUUUCUUCUAUCGGCUGCUGCAUUAGCUGCUAGUCAUUCUUAUCCUCCUCCAUCAUCAUAUUUAUCAUCAUUAGCUGCAUCAAAUUUACUUUCAUCAAUAAAUGAACAUUUUUAUUCAACAACAAAUUAUUUUGAUGAAAAAAAAGAUUUUCAUGAUCAACAUCUUUUACCACCAGAUGUUAAAAAUUUAAUAGAAUCAUCAUUAACAGCUAUUGGCUUAGAUAAUGUUGAUGAAAAUGAUUUUGAUAAAGCAGCAGCAACAACAACAAAUGAACGAAAUAAUAAUACGAAAAAUAAUUUAUUUGUUGAUGAUGAUACAGAUAAUUUUGAACGUUCAACAACACCAGCAACAAGUAAUACAUCACCAACACAUGUAUUAAAACCAUCAACGAAUCAAAUAACAAGACCAGUGAAUAUUCCAAAUUCAUUUUCCAAUGAUUAUUUUUCACAUUCAUCAUCGGUAAAAUCACCAUUUGAUGGACCCAAUCAAUUAUUUGAUGGAACUUUAGAAUCGCCAAUUGAUACGCCAUUUCCUGAACCAUCAACAUCAAGUGGUACUAGUAGUCGACCUGGUGAACGAUACAAAAUGGCUGGUUUUAGUCAAGAUUUACCUACAUCAUCGUAUCAAUUGAAUUCAACAUCUCCUCAAACAAUACUUCAACGUUUUAAUACAACAAGUACGAAUUCACCAUCAUCAUCAUCUUCUGAAAUAGAUAUAAUGCGAAAUCGUGUAUUACAAAUGCAAGUUUUAGCUAUGACAGAAAAAGAGUCAUCGGAACAUUGGCGUCGUGAAGCAGAAGAUAAUCAUCGAUUAGCUGUUCAACUUGAACAUGAAAAAAAUCGUGCUAUACAACAACGUGAUGAUGCACUUCAUCAAAUAGAACAUAUGCGUCAUUUACUAGUACAAAAUAAUGCACGUUUAUUACCUAGUGAUCAUGAUUUAAUGAAAUUACCACUUGAUGAUGUUCGAUUAUUACAAACUCAACUUCAACAGGAAUUAACAAAACUUGCACUUAUUGAACAAGCAAAAUCAAAUAAUGUUCAACAAACACCACCAACUGAUAAUAGUCCUGGAACGCCAACAUCAAAUUCUUCACCACGUCAACGACAACAUAAACAAAAUCAUGGCAAACAUGUUCUAGUUUCUUCAACCACUAAACAAUAA